AAACAUCAUAAAUAGGCUGGCAUAAUUAAUAAUGAGGAAGAAUUGGUGUUGGGAUUUUUGCACGUGGUGAGAGUCUUAAAAGAUUUCGAUGGGAGACUUCACUGGUGAGGAGUUGAUCCAGGCAGCGAUAUUUAACGAUGCAGAGUUGAUGAAAUGUCUGUUGGAGGGGGAGUGUGUGAACUUUAUCAACUUCCAGGACCGGCGAGGACGGACGGCAGUCUAUACGUCUGUGUCAAACAACAGCUCCAGAUGUCUCCGCAUUCUGCUGGAGCAUGGAGCUGAUCCCAAUAUAGCGGCAUUGAAAACCUUCAACUUUAUGACCCCUCUCCACCAAGCCAUUAUUGACCUGAAGCUUGACAUCUUUAAAUUGCUGCUGUCCUAUGGAGCAGACAUCACUAAACCUGAUGGAUCGGGCCUUAGUCCUAUGGCUCUCGCUGAGAACAUGGAGCUAAAUGAUUACUUGCAGGAGAUGGAGGAGGAGCAAGAGAGAAGAGAGAAAGUGUAUGAUUCUGUUCUAUCAGCAUUUGCAGAAGCCUGUAGGGCUGCGGAUACAUCCAAGAUGGCCACCAUCUUAGAGACGAACACAUCACCAACGAUGCAUGCUAAACUGGUCCUCAAUACAGUGACAGAAGAUGGAUUAACCCCUGUUUGUUGGGCCUGUAAGUGUGGCAAUGUCGACAUGGUUGACCUACUUCUGCGGCACCAUGCCUCCACCAUCUCAUGUACCUCCCAGGAAAUGACCCCCAUCCAUAUUGCCUGCCAUUUUGAAAACACAGACUGUGUCAAACGUCUUCUUCAGCAUUGUCCAGACAUUGUGCAAAGAAAAAUGUCUAAUGAAAGUCUUGCGCUGCACUUGGCGAUUGAAGCUGGGAACUUAUCUCUGGUGCAGCUGUUACUGUACCACGAUUACCCUGAGUAUGCAUUGGAGGACCAUAGAGACGAAGCCCUGGGCAUUAGUUACAAGCUUCCCUUUGAUGUCAACACCAAGGACUCCAUCGGAAGGAGCCCUCUGUAUCUGGCUGCUGAGAAAAACCAAGUGGAAAUAGUACGAUGUCUUCUUGAUUUCUGUGUCCAGUGUGAAAGGAAACAGCAACCGAAAAAAUAUGAAGGUCGAAACAGACAAGCUAGCAAUGUUAACUUUGAACCUGAGUUAAGAAGAGAGCAGUUAAAAGCUAGUGGCUCUCACAAUGGGGUUUUUGCCUCCAAUAUUUAUCACCCUGUGGACAUUAAUCUCCAAGGUCGUAAUGGAUUCACUCCUUUACAUGUCGCAGUCAGCAGUAGCUUCUAUGAGGUUACGGAUAUCCUCCUUAAACACAAGGCUGAUGUCAACAUUCUGGCAAAUGACAAUGGCAAACUGAUAUCAACCCUCAUGAUGGCUUGUAAAAAAGGGGACAGUAUUAUACUUGAUAAGCUUUUUAAGUAUGGGGCUGACGAUUUAGACAAACAGGUGUUUGAGUAUGCUGUAGAAAAGAGGCCAAGAAUGGUGUUCACACUUUUAAAAUAUCGAACUUUUAAAGACUUGGAAAAUGAGUACAAAAUUAACAAGAUGGACAUGAGACUUUUGUACAGGCAGAUGUCUGAUCUAGAAGACAGUUAUGAUGGCUUAAAUUCACUGAACUUAGAUUUCAAGAAAAAGUUCCCUGUGAAUUCAGUGCACAUUAAAUGGCAGGAUCUUCAGCAUAUUGAUGCUCUGAAGGAAGAUACCCUAGUGGAUAUUAGCUGUCACCACAAUCCUGAGCUGCAGGCAACAUCCCUUAGUAACCCUUUUGCACUGUUUGCUAUCACAAAGAUUGACAUCUCUGGAAAUAAGAUAGGUCCCAUGUUUCCUGCAGUGUUUUUCAAACUGCCAUCUUUGCACUACCUAAAUCUGUCCAAAAACCAGAUCAAAAUGUUUCCUGAUGUGUCCGAUAAUGACCAUCUCUUUGUCUGUUUAGAGGAACUGUUGCUUGACAGAAACAAAAUUGAGGUGUUACCAGAUUAUUUAUUUAAGGUGUCUACACUUCGAUUUCUCUCAGUAUCAUACAACAGUGUAAAAGACAUUCCCUGUGACAUUUGGGAGCUUCAGUGCUUGGCCUUUUUGAAUCUGGCCAACAACAUGAUUGCCUCUCUUCCCCAGCCGCGACCCAAACAAUCUCGCCCCCCUUCUCAAGGAAAUCCCUCAAAUGUCCCCAAUAAUUUUGAAGAUGAUUCCAUCCCAAAUCAGGCCCCCACACCUAAAUCAGAUGUAGAGGAAACUGAAGUAAAGCAUGCCUUAAUCUGGAUGUCGGGGUCUGUUCAUGUAUCAGACAAUGAUUUUGAUAUUGGCUCAGGACCAAGGAAUCGGGGACUUCAAGACUUGAAUCUUUCUAGAAACAGACUCAAGGAGAUUCCUUUCUGGCUGUGUUGUACAUCACCAUUCAUGGAAAAUUUAAAUUUAUCCUCAAAUCAAAUUAGCUCUGUAGGGAGGUUAUUUCAACUGCCACAGCAUCUGAAGACACUGGACCUCAGUGGCAACAAUUUAGCAGACACGGUGAAUUGGCAGUGCUUUGAAGACAAUGAUGGACUAUGUUACAGCACUCGAAGCGUUCGCCCCACCAAUUCCCCACAUUCCUUUAGUUCCUACACUAGCUUCACCCAGCUGAUGACUUGUGCCCACAGACAGCAUCGUAUACUGGAGAGACUAGACACACUGAACCUGGGGGGAAACCGCAGACUGGAGAAAGUGGUUGUCUCCAGAGCUACAGACAACAGACAGCGGAGGUCGAGCGCAGCCAGUUUGAGUUCACUGAACUCCAGUUUAGAUGAAGAGAAGCGGCGUCUGCUGUUUCCAAAUCUGACAAGUCUGGACCUCAGUUACAACAUCGGUCUACAAGAGAUUCCAUCGGAAAUUGGUGACCUUAGUUCUCUGAAACGACUGUCUCUCUCUUUCACAGGAGUCAAAGAGCUGCCACCAAACAUAGGUAAAUUAAAGAGCCUGUUUACCCUGGAGCUUGAGAAAUGCAACUUGGAAGGGCCAAUCCUAGACAUCAUCCAUGGCUCGCCAAUGCGCACAAAGGACAUCCUUGGUUUCUUGCUCUCAGUUCUGGAAGAGGCUGAAGAAUACAACUGUAUGAAUCUUAUGUUUGUCGGUGUUCAUAACAUCGGGAAGACAAUGUUGUUGAGGGAGAUACGAAAAUAUGGCAAAACAACCAAGAAAGUCACGCAUUUCAGUCAGAGAAUAGACAAGACAGCUACAGGGAUGCGACAGGAUGGCAAUACCCUGUCAACUGUUGGUAUUGACAUCAAUGAAAUUGUCAUAGGAGAAAGAUGGGCGAAUGGACCUGUCACAUUCCGCACAUGGGAUUUUGGCGGUCAGAAAGAGUAUUACGCUACUCACCAGUACUUCUUGUCUCCGAGAUCGCUCUACUUGGUGAUGUGGAAACUGACAGACGGAGAGCAGGGUAUCCAGACAAUAUGGCAGUGGCUAGUCAGCAUACAGGCUAGAGCUCCUGGGUCCCCUGUGAUAAUAAUAGGAACCCAUAGAGACUUUCUGACCAACAGAAAAACUCGUAACAACUUCCCAGCCUCAUUCGAGGAUGAUAUGAAGGAGAUCAUUGCCAGACAAUUCAUUAAUGUGGAGGAGCCAGACAAAUGUGGAUUACCCUUUGUGAUUGGACAAUUCAAUGUCAGCUGUAAAAGUGGAGAAAAUGUCAAAGAACUAGUCAACUUCAUCUACAACAGAGUGUUUCAGCUCAAGCAUCCAAGAAGAAACAAGGAAAAAUUGUUGCAGCACAAAAUUCCCAAGAAAUAUUUGAUAUUAAAGGAUAUUGUACAGGAACUGGCUGAGGAAAGGAUUCAUGAGGAGAAGGAUCCUGUGCUGGAUAAGUCUUCCUAUAUGUUGAAGACCAUGCACAAAAUGAUGGAGAGAUCGGGAACAUUGUUUAGGGACCCAGAGGAUGUAGAACAGGCUACAAGAUUCCUGCAUGAAAACGGGAUACUGUUUCAUUAUGAGGACCUGACCCUGAAGGACAGAUACUUCCUGGACCCCCAGUGGUUGUGUGAUCAGCUGGCCAGAGUGGUCACGGUUGACCAGGUCAACAACUUCGCUCAAAAUGGUGUGAUGCGUGCCACGAACCUGCAUGUCCUGUUCAAACAAUCCUCCUUUCAGCCUGAGAAUAUUGAGCAUUAUAUCUGUGGACUUCUAGCCAAGUUUGAACUGGCCUUGGAUUUUGAUAAAAAACAUUUGUUGAUUCCCUCCUUGUUACCAAAAGAGCAGGAUAUGUAUGCCUGUAUCAGGAGCAGUGAGGAUGUUAAGAUUCCCUUGAUUCCAUUAGAUGAAACACUCAGAAGAACCAAGAACAGUUUGCCUGGCAGUGGCAGUCCGAACUCCUCCAUGUACCAACGUCCAGGGGGAUCUCUGGGGUUUGUGAACAGUCACCCUUCCAGCAAUGUCAUCUUCUCCCACUGCAGACUUUAUGUGAUGACCUAUUUUCCAAGUGGGUUUUGGCCCAGGCUGAUCACCAGAAUCCUUGCAGAUAAAUCCCUGUAUGAGAUUGUCACUGAUUUGUUUCCAAUUCCCAGUGAGGUUCUUGAAGCAUGUCCGUAUCUAAAAACCAAAGAACCUUACUGGCAGCCCUGGCAGACAGGGGUUCAGCUUCUAUGUCAUAACACUGUCUUAUUUCGAAUCAAAGAAGUCCUGCCAGGGCUGAGCGGAUUUUGUGAUUACCAAAGGACGGCACUAAAGUGCUGGAUAGACAAUCGCUGGUCUCCAAUCGACAUGGAAAACAGUGUUGUUCUAGAGAUGGGGUUUCCGUGUGAUUCCAUAGAAUUCACAUUCGCUGACAGAGGAGCAUCACAGCAUGGCAUGUGUGCCAUUACAAAGAAGAUCAAGGUCUGUCUGGAGGAAAGAGCUAGUGCUAAGUUCCUGGUGAAGAUGUCUGAGCAUAUUGAUAACCUACUACAAGACUGGUACCCCGAAAUAGGGGAAUCCCGAUUUGUACAAAACUGUUAUGGAAGGUACUUAAUCACCAGAGUCAUUCCUUGUCCACAUUGUUUAUUUGAAGUGGUCAGGAAGGAGAGGAAAAAUGACACUACUCUGUACUGGCAGUUUGUGGACCAGAACUUGGACAUUACCUCAACCAUCUCCUUGUCUGAAAUUAUGCUUGAUGAAUCAACUCUUGAUCAAAGGGAAGAAACAAGUAAGAACAACAUGUAUUGUUUCCUUGUGGAGAAGUGUAUUUUGAACUGUCUGAAUGACCACAAUGAAAUCUGUCCCCUCCAUGGGAGCAUGUCUCCACGCUUUAUGAUGAGUCCGGAUGGGGUUGCUAGGACACUGUACAUUGCUCCGGAGAUUCUGUUCAGUGACCUUGACACCAGCAUUCUGAUUGGUCCAGCAGAUACCUUGACCUUGGUCAAACUGGUGGGUAAAGGGGCAUUUGGAGAGGUAUACCAGGGAAAACUUAGAAAGGUUGAUGAACCUAUCAAGGAUGUUGCUGUUAAAAUGUUAUGUGGACCGUUCAAAGAUGCAUCAUUACAAUCAAAGGGUCAGACUGACCUUCACAUGGAGAAUGCCACCUCUGCCUAUCUGACAGCCAGGCAGGAGAUAUCCAUUCUACAGACCAUAGACCACCAGAACAUUGUCCCCCUGCUGGGGCUCUCAUUGCGACCACUGGCCCUUGUUCUCAGUUUGGCCCCGCAGGGAAGUCUAGGAAACAAGCUUCUGCAGAUUGGCAAUGAUGGCAGACGACUUAGCGUUUAUGCAAUCAAACAGAUUGUGCUUCAGGUUGCAGAUGCCUUGUCCUACUUGCACUGUAGGUCCAUCAUAUAUCGGGACCUAAAGGCAGACAAUGUACUGGUAUGGCAGAUGAAUGGCUUUGACUUUUCAGAGGACACCCUUGAUCCUAUUCAUGUGAAGCUUGCAGAUUACGGGGUUAGCAGGACAGUCCAGUCAUCAGGAACGAAAGGUUUUGGUGGCACUCCACCAUUUAUUGCUCCGGAGAUCCUUCAGUUUGCUGGAAAGGCUCAGUACACUGAAAAGGUUGAUAUAUUUUCUUUUGGGAUGUUUUUUUAUGAAUUGUUGACUUGCAAGAAACCCCUGGAAGAUGUGACCAACCCAACACUUUUCAUAUGUCAAAAUGGGCGACCUUCAAUUUCAAGAAGGGAGCUGAGCUAUCCUUCCCACUUUCUAGACUUGAUGUCCAUUUCUUGGUCACAUGAUCCAGCAGAGAGGCCUUCGGCAGAAAGAAUCAAACAAAUGGUCCAAUGUCCACAGUUCUGCCACCUCAUUGAUGCCAUCUCCAUGGAUACGAGUGUCAAUAUUUUGUCAGCAUGCUGUGUGUCAGUUGAGAAAGAAAUGGACAACGAAAAUGAUGAUGUCUUUGAUGAUCAUGAUUUCUUGCCCACAAAUACGACAAAAGAAAUUUGGCUUAGUACAGCACCAACAAAUGGAAACUCUAGAAUAGAGAUUUACUGUUAUGAUAGAGUCUUCAGAUCCACUAUAAAUAAGACAAUCCCUUUGAAAGGAAAUGAAAUUUUUGGACUGAUUUCCUUAGAAGACCAUGUGUUUGGUAUUGAUUAUCAGGGAAUAAUCCAUAUUUAUCGAUCUUCCCUGGCUAAAGAAAUUAAAAUGAUCACUUGUGGGUUUGAUUUCAAGAUUCGAUUUUUAACGAGUCAAAUCUUGCGAGCAGAAAGUCAGUCCCAAGUUGUCUUUGUGUUAACAUCGGUGAAGGGUGGAGUCCUAGUCAUUAUAGAAGUAGACCCAGUAAAUCUCACAGUCAGCACAAGACAGAACAUUGUACCUGGUAAAUGUAUCUGUGCUUGCCUGGUGCCAAAAGAAGAUGGAAACCAAGAAAUCUGGUGUGGACAAACUGAAGGCAAGAUUCUGGUUCAAGAUUACAAUGACUUGACCAAAAGUGAACAGAUUGUGGAAACUAAUGAUAUUGUCAACAUGCAUCGCAACUGUCAGUUUUUAGAGUCUGCCAUGGUGGGAGAUAGACAGUAUGUUUGGUCUUACAACUAUCCAGGAACCACCGUGAGUUGUUGGAAUGUGAAGACCAAAGAGGUGGAGGCUGAACUGAAUUGUGCUGAUGUGGUUCCUAUCACAGAGAGUGGGUCCCUCCAUGCCUAUUUCACCAACAAUUUGGAAGCUCGCAAAUACCAGGUGACUGCCAUGAGAGUAUCAGAUAAAUACCUGUACGUCGGUACCACAUCGGGUUGUGUCAUUGUAGCAGACGCUGUGGAACUCAAACCAUACACGGUGUUCUGCUGUCACAGCAGUGAAGAUUUCUAUGUCAGAACAAUUGUUCCUAUGCAGGAGAACGAGCAAAGUGACUCUCAGUUUAUGAAACACGGUAUACCUUAUGGGAUUGUGACAGUGGGAAAAGGAUACAGAGAUUUAAUUCUAAAGCCUGAGACUGAAAUAGAGCAUAACUUUCUACAGGCUUUUGCAAACAGGCCUGGUUCACCUAGAAAGUCUGUGAAGAACCCAACCUACAUACUAUCAUGGCAUGCCAAGAACUGGGAGUAUUACUGAGCUGCUAUGAUACAAGACGUACAUUUUAUUAAAAUGAUCAAUGAAAACUUAAUCUUGUUGUUUAAUGUGGCUUUUUUAAAACGAAAGAUACAUGUAUCCUUCACAAUUUAGGUAUUACUGAGCUUGGAAAAGAAAUUUGAUAAUAUUUGAUUGCAUUUGUUAUGUAAAACAACCUCAAAGUGAUAGCCUUGAUACAUAUUUUUAAAAAAAACCACAAAUACGGUACAGAAUAUUUCCUCAUACCUUUUAAACUGUCAUUUUUUAAUUUUAAUCGAUGUAUUUACAAGUAUGGUUAUUUACGUUUUACUAACAUUGCUGCACUUUGCUGUGGAUAUCACUCGUGUCAUGAAUUUAUUUUACAGGUUUUCAUGUCUUUGGUUAACAUCUCAUUGAUUUUUACAAAUUACAGAUGAAGUAGCAACAUUUAGCAGUUCUGUUGAUUUUUAUCCCAUUUGUAGUAUUUUUCAUAUCUAUUGUUUGUGAAUAUGAUUUAUCCAGUUAAAUGUUCUAUACAUUUUAUACGUACACGUUUUACAAAUCAGUAUUUAUAAACAUUUUUUGAUUUUAUGUGAUGUUAAAAAUUUGUAUGACGGCAUAGUGGCUACUUGGAGAAUCUUUGAAUAUAAGUUGAUAAGUAUUAUAUUAUACGUAGUAAUUGACGUCGCUUAAGAAAGAAGUGCCAUAAGGGUAUAUAUUACAGUUGCUUGUUCAAGAACUAUCUCAUGAUUGCCACAACAUACACUUGCAAUAAUUAUUUGAAUUUAUUGAAUAAGUGUAGUACUAUUUAAUGUUAUUGUUAUGCUAAUUUGAAAAUAUGUUGAAUAAUAAUUGAAUAAACAAUUAAAAAUUAAAUAAAUUUUUGAUUCUUACUUU